CGUAGGUAUCCACUUUGCUCCACUGUAUCAAUUCCGCAGCUCCAAGGGAAGCCUCGAUGUCUCCAAACCCUCGUCUCCAAUGAUUCCACCCAUGACGUGUUCGGAAAGACAUAAAUACUCGAACUCGGGAAAGAUUGCCCCAACUUGCUUGACCUCCCAACCACUUAUUUUCAACCACUUUUCUUCCGAACCUUCUUUCGUCUUUCUGCUCCUAGAAAUCAUCAAUAAUGUCUACAGCCACGAUGACUGAGGUUGCCGUCCUCGACGCCGCGACUGUUAUUGGCUCUAUCGACCUCAAUUCCAUCGGCGAGGUUGAAGCUAGAAAAAUAAUGUCGUACGAGCACAAGGCACUUGGGUAUAGACCCCCUCCUGGAUCUUUGGCUUCUCAAGCGCAAGCGGAGGCUGCUAAACAUCCGAAAGGUGGACCAUCUCCUCCUGAUCCAGUACUCUUGAAGCAGGCUGCACUCAGCGAUGCCGCGAAAAUUGAAAGCGAGCGUGGACAUCCUAUACCGAAGAGUACUGUUGUUGAUGGAAUCGACUUGUCGAACAUUACCGAAGCUGAAGCUAGGAAGCUCAUGUCUGAAGAGCACAAAGCGCUUGGUUACAGACCUCCACCUGGAUCGAUUGCAGCGAGUGCACAGGCGGCUGCCGCGAAGCAUUCCGAAGGAAAGGCUGAGAUUAAGAUUGACCCUCAAAUUUUGACCGAAGCCGCGAUCAAGGAUGCUGCCCGUAUAUCAAUUGAGCGCCGCUCCCGAUCCAACUCACCUCCCCAAAUUGACGUGAACAAAGUUUCUGUUGACGAACAAAAGAAAUUGCAGUCGUUGGAAACAAAAUUAUUGGAUUCUACCGCUGGCACGGCUUCCGCUGCAGUGCAGUCCGCUGUUGACAAAAGGGAAAGGAAUUGAUUGAGAUGGUACUUCAUUUUUCCCCCUGCAUUUGUCUAUGUCGGAAGUGCAUACGCAUAGAAAUCUUCACCGUCUGUACAAUACUCACUUGGAUUCAUCGCUUUCUGGUUCUAGCAACCAAAACAUGUAUCGUAUGUUCGUAAUGACAUAAACCUGUAUUUGUAGUAAUGAUCAGUUAAUUUUUAGAGUGAGAAGCUUGGAACUUGAUACAUAUCGAAAGCAGUAAACAAUAUACAUUAGAAAAAGAUCAAAUUAUUUCUGUUGCUGA